GGGAAUUUUUAUAGUGGAAAGACUCUUUUGAGUUCUGACAGGGCUGACAAUCCCAAAACAGCGUAGAGAGAGAGAGAGAGAGAGAGAGAGAGAGACAGAGAGGAGAGCGCAAAUGUCAUGAUGACAGCGUCCUCUGCAACUCUGACAGACUCGAGACGAAGAAGAAGAGAAGAAGAAGACGACCUUAAAAAAUUUACGGGCCUCCCUUCACACAUCUCUAAGUUUUUAUUUUUAAUAUUCUUUUCCUUUUCAAACGUUCAAAACUUACUCCCUUUCGCAUUCCCUGAUUCAAACGAUCGAUCCCCUGAUUUUCUGUCUCUCCUCUCGCUCUCAUGGACGGUAACGAGCCCUCUUCCCAACUUUCAACGCUCAGGUUUCCCAAAAAAAUUGUCUGUUUUUAUUUUUUAGUCAUAGUUAUUGUUUUGUCAUAUAGGAGGACUCCAUGUUUUCUCUGCACUGUAGUAAUUCUCUAGUCUUCUUCUUCUUCUUCUUCUUCUUCGUUUGCGAGUUUUGUGUUUCUUCCUGUUUCCAUAACUUCGCCUUUUCUGUUUUGUAAUUUUGGGGGUUUUUUUUUUUCGUUGGAUCUGGUGCUUGAGAAAUCUCUGCUUCACAAUGUUUGAACGUGGUCUGCAUUGGCACGGAGAGACACGGACGAAAUGAUGUGGGGACUGUGGAGGUGUGAUGAUCUAGUGUUUGGAUUUGGGUUUUGCUUAACGAGGUUGAUAUGGGCUGUGGAGCAUCGAAGGUAGAGGAUUUGCCAUUGGUGACGCUCUGUAGAGAGAGAAAGGAGUUGGUUAAAGCGGCCUCCGAGCAUCGGUACGCUCUUGCCGCCGCACACGUAUCCUAUUUUCGAUCUCUGAAAGAUGUUGGUGAUGCCUUUCGUCGAUUUGUGGACGAAGAGUUUGUAAUUGGGGUUUCUUCGCCUCUGGAUUCGCCGGUUCUAAAGUUACCCUCAGACAAAGGCAAGACGAAGAAUAAGAAUAAAGGGAACGACAUUAACGCGGUUAGUAGAAGCUCUUCUUCGUCUCUAUCGAUUUCGCACUCAGCUUCGCCCUCACACCUUCACUCUCUAGACGAGAAAGAAGAAGAAGAAGAAGACGAAUGCUCUCAUUUGCAUUUGUCGUCUGAUUCUGAUUCUGAUUUGUGUUCAUCUUCCUCCGGGCAUAUUCGCAUGGAGAAAAUCACAGAAAUGGAGGAGCCUCAUUCAUACUAUGAGCCUCCCAGAGAUUGGAGCCAACCUGGGGUGAAUUCAUAUGCAUAUUUCAUGAAAAAAUCUUCGACUGCAAUGCCUUCAGUGAUUUAUGAGGAGCCGCAGCCUGUAUCUGCUCAAUGGAGUGAUCAGCAUUCGAAUUAUCCACAGUCGAACUAUCCCCAAUAUGGCAAUGGGGGAUUCUUUGGGUUUUCGACGGGUGAGCCGUCCCAUGAUGCUUAUAAUACUGGACAACCGAGUCAUCCGGUGGAGCCACCGGCUCCUCCUUCACCUAAUGUCUCUGCGUGGGACUUUUUAAAUCCAUUUUACUCAUAUGAUAGUGGUUAUACUGGUUAUUAUUCACAGCCUAGAUAUGGAUAUGGGUCCAUUUCCAGUAGUCCUGAUUCGAAGGAAGUGAGGGAGAGGGAGGGAAUUCCUGAGUUAGAAGAGGAAACAGAUCAAGGAGUCUUCAAAGAAAUACCCAAGGAGAAGAAAUUGAGCAGUGAAAAUGUAAAUAAAAGUUCAAGUGAGGGCACUUCGAUGGCAGCGCCUGUACAUAAUAAAGAUCAAGCAGAGAAACAGGAUGCUGAGUUCUCAGGGGGAACAGGCAAGGAGAUAGAGAGCAGUCCUGAUACUAUUGUGUCAAAGAGGCCUGGAGAGGAGAGUCCUGGGAAGAACGAAGUGAAUUUUGGGGAAGACGAGCCAUUGGCUCAGGAGAUUGAAUCUACGGAGCCAAGUACUUCGACCAAAUUAUCAACAUAUGGCACACGGGACCUUCAGGAGGUUGUGAGAGAAAUCAGGGAUGAAUUUGAGAGUGCUUCGAGUUAUGGAAAAGAUGUUGCUCUGAUGCUAGAGGUAGGCAAGCUGCCUUACCAUCCCAGAGAAACUGCACUCAAAGUGAUCUUUUCCAGGAUUCUGUAUUUUAUUUCAUCUUUUGUGUCAUCUUCACAACCCCCAUCUAGGCGGUCAGUAGGAUUAGCUUCUAGCACGAUGAAAAUGGCCAAAACCUACUACAGGGAUCCUGGAAGGUCCAACAACAUGAAGCAUUGCACCCUUUCCUCAACAUUGGAGAAGCUGUACGUAUGGGAAAAGAAACUAUAUAAAGAGGUUAAGGAUGAAGAAAGACUUCGGGUCGUUUAUGAAAGAAGGUGCAAGAGGCUGAGAAUUUUGGAUGACCGAGGAGCAGAGUCUAAUAAGAUUGAGGCUACUCAGGCUUCGAUACAGAAGUUACUGACAAAAAUUAAUGUCUGUCUCGGAGCCAUUGAUGCUAUAUCAAGCAGGAUACACAAGUUGAGGGAUGAGGAAUUGCAGCCCCAGCUCAAUGAAUUGAUUAUUGGAUUAACGAGAAUGUGGAGGUCCAUGCUCAAGUGCCACCAGAAGCAGUUUGAAGCCAUCAUGAAUAGCAAAAUUCGUACUCUCAAAGCACACACUGGUUUCCCAAGAGAUUCGAGCUUUGCAGCUACUGUUGAACUAGAAUCACAGCUCUUAAAAUGGUGUACCCGUUUUAGUGAUUGGGUUAAUGCACAGAAGUCCUAUGCGGAAUCCUUGAAUGGGUGGCUUCUAGGGUGUCUUCUCCAGGAACCAGAAGAAACUUCUGAUGGGUUGGCCCCCUUCUCCCCAGGUCGGGCUGGAGCUCCACCAGUUUUCGUUAUUUGCAAUGAUUGGAAGCAGGCAAUUGAAAGAAUUUCAGAUACUGGUGUGGCUGAUGCAAUGCAAGAGUUUGCCAGAAGCUUGCACCAGUUGUGGGAGAAGCAAGAUGAGGAGAAUCGUCAGAGGCUUAAAGCUGAAUACAUCUCCAAAGAUUUUGAGAAACAACUUCAAGCCCUUCGAAUGGAGAGGGGGAGGAUGAAACGCAACAGAGUGGCUUUGUCAGACACAACUCUUGGGCCUGUUCACACAGAAAGUGGAGUUUCACGGCUGGAUGACUUAAAGGUGGAUUUGGAUUCAAUGAGGAAGAGGUUAGAGGAAGAGAGAAUCAGGCAUAAGGAGGCUGUUAAACUAGUGCAUAGUGCUGCCUCUAGUAGUAUACAGGCUGGUUUGAUACCCAUUUUUGAGGCUCUGGCAAAUUUUACUUCAGAGAUUUUGAAGGCUUAUGAGCAAGUGAGGAUUCAGAGAACUGGGGAAGGCUCAUAGUGGAAGUAGUGUCUGAAUUUGAUAUUGAAACCAAUGUAACGACUUUGGGGAAAGAAUUCAUACUUCUGUAUGAACCAAGAAAGACUCCCUGGGAUCGCGUGCUAAGGGUAGUUAGAAUAGUGGAUGGAAGCACCAUAUGGGUGAGCAUAGAGAUGUGGAAAUGUGAAAAACAGCUUGUAGAGUUACCUAAAAAAAAGGGUCAUUGGCAGGGCUGGCAGAUGUUUCGCGCAGCAAUUGGACUUAGAAUUGGAAAAUUGCCUUACCCUGAAAUUUGCUUCUGCAAUGGCCCAUAUAUAACUCCUUAGGAUGUUGUACAGAAAUUCAUUUAUUGGUUUAUCAGUUUGGCGAUCAGUGAACCCAAUGGUUGUUUUAGGGUAGUGUGCUAGGGGGAUUUCAUGUUUAUAGCCUCCAAAAUUUUGUACCAUUCUGGGAUGAAAAUUAAGCCAUUUUCUUGUACCAUUUUUCAUUCUUCUCUUGAUUACUGUUUCUGGUGGGAGGGUCAAAUGCUGACAUCUUGCUUCUGCCGGGCUUUAGUCCUUUAUCCUUGGGACGAGAAGAUGCAUCCUUUUUAUUUUGAGUCAUCAUGUUAUGUUCACAAUUAUCUCAUAAAUUGAUGGAGUAGGCAAAUACAUGAAAAUUUAUGAUAUGGUUACCAUUAAAGAUC